GGGAUAAGGGGGCCACAUUAUUGUCUUGUCUUCGCUCACUGAGCUGGAAACUGUGAUGAUGGACCGAGAUAGUUUUGUGAUUGGUUAGGAGGAGGGAAGCUGCCUUAGCGAGUGCGAGAGUGCUGAGCAUGCAUAAAUAAGCCACAAGGAGAAGUCUCUGUCUCCCCCUCUCACUCUCUGUUCAGAUACAGGAGUUGACCACAGAGGAACUGCUUCCCUGCAUGAAGAAAAGAGAGAGCCAGGGAGAGGGAGGGAAGGAGCUUUGGAAAGAGAGAGAGAGUGUGUAUGUGAGUGUGUGUGUGCCGGUAUAUGGACUAGAGGAGAACAGUGUGAAUGAAGCUCAUUCCCGUGUGUGUGAGAUUACAGAGAGCACGAGAGAGAAGUGAGUGAGAGAAGCUGCUGCAGCAGGAGAGACAGAGACAUGCCCCCUGCACCUCUGAGACAUGUAGGAGCCCAUGUGUCCUGCACACAGACAUGUCGAGGAGGCGAGAGGGGACCUUCCUAACUCAACGUCUUAGGGGUUUCCUCUGCUUGGGGCAGCUGAUGGCACGGGCACUUGUAGGAGAGGGAUCACUACUCUGAAUUAUAACUCUGACUAAGAAGUGCUUGCCUUCUGCAUCACUUACAUUCGGAUAAUGGGACUGUGAUUUUUCUCCAUGGAUUAACAUUACAAAUUAAGUUUAGGGGGGAAACCCUAUCAAGUUAACAGCUCCAGCUCCCCCUACCCUGCCCAACAGGACAGUGCACCCAGCUGAGCCAUGAGACGGUCGAGCACUGAUGAAUCCACUUACCAUCGCAGUCCAUCCCUGGAUAGCAAGGACUACUCUUUGCCCAAGGGAGGUGCCUUUCGCCGUUACAGCAGCCUCUACGGAGGCCAGUUUGGGGCAUCAGCAGGUGGUUCCUUUUUUGGGUUCCACACCAAUCCAGGUCCCAAAGCCACCAAAUCCAAGUACACUUCCCCGAAGGGAAACAAAUACGUGGUGUUUUACUUGGAUCUCUCCUUCAUUUUCCUCCUAGAGCUGAAGAGGUGCAGGAUGGCUCAGAACUGCCUACACUGUAUGAAAUAUCUCAUGUUCGUCUUCAACCUCCUCUUUUGGCUGGGCGGAUGUGGGAUCCUGGGAGUGGGGAUCUGGCUGGCUGUCACGCAGGGUCACUUUGCUACACUCUCCUCCUCGUUCCCCUCACUGUCAGCUGCAAAUAUCCUCAUUGCCACCGGGACUAUAGUGAUGAUUGUGGGCUUUCUGGGUUGCAUUGGAGCCAUCAAGGAGAACAAAUACCUUCUACUAAGUUUUUUCAUCUUGUUGCUGAUCAUAUUCCUCCUGGAGCUCAUCGUGGUCACCCUAUUCUUCAUCUAUACAGACAAGAUCGAUAGAUACGCACAGCAAGACCUGAAGAAGGGUCUUCAUCUCUAUGGCACAGAUGGGAACAUCGGCCUCACCAACGCAUGGAGCAUCAUUCAGACUGAUUUCCGAUGCUGCGGAGUGGCUAAUUAUACGGACUGGUUUGAGGUGUAUAACGCUACCCGUGUUCCCGACUCCUGCUGCCUGGAAUUUAGUGAGAACUGUGGCCUCCAUUCCCCGGGCACCUGGUGGAAAUCGCCAUGUUAUGAGACAGUGAAGAUUUGGCUCCAUGAGAAUCUCUUGGCAGUUGGCAUUUUUGGGCUGUGCACGGUGCUAGUUCAGAUCCUGGGACUGACCUUUGCUAUGACCAUGUACUGUCAGAUGGCAAAAACUGACACUUACUAUGCCUGAGCUUCUCCCGACAUUCCCGUGAGCUCCAUCUCGGAUUAGCACAAAGCAGGAACCAAACCAAGCACCCGAUUUUCCUUUCUUCUGUUAUUCCUCCAGUUCUGACCUGCCCAGCCCCCCUUGUGUAUUGGACCACUGACAAUUCACACGUUUCUCCAAGGAUGGUGCAGAGAUUGGGGGUCUAUGGGUGACAGUUGGGAAGUAACAGGCACUGAAGAUGGAGUCAUACGGGUGGUGGACAUGUGCCCCGUGUUUUAUAGAACAAGACAAUGGGAUUUUUACAGCAGAUGUUGGUCCAAAAGGAUGAGACGACCAUAUUCCUCCUUCUGUUUUAUACGUCUCCUGUUCUACUGCCGGUGCCAUCUUUACCCAUCAGACAGCGCUCGCUUUAUUUGGCAGAUGAAACGCAAAAAACUGAAAUUGGAAGCGUUGCUCCAUGCAGUAAUGAAAGGCCUAACACCUGGAGGGGAAAUACGAAGCCAUCAGACGCCACUAAGUACCACCAUUAUGUGCCCAGGAGCAUCACUGUUACGUUAUGAUGUGCGUUUUAUGCCUCCCAGUUACGUUAAAACUUGUGCCAACUCCUACAGUGUUAACAGUGUGGCUAAUGGCUGGAGCAGCCGUGCAACCGUAGCCUGGAUGGGAGAUUGCUUGCCAUGUGUCUUAAAGGGAUACUGUCAUGGGAAAAACAUGUUUUUUUUUUCAAAACACAUCAGUUAAUAGAGCUGCUCCAGC